AUGGAUAAGUACCUUUCAAAUGAGGUGCCACCCAUCCCAAUGGUACCAGACAAGAAGUACCGCCGGGAUAGUGCCUCCGUGGUGGAUGAGUUCUUCUCCACAGACAAGCCCACUUCUACGCCCUACAGCGUGAACAUCAAUGUGAUCCUGCCAGACACGACGCACCUGCGCACGGGACUUUACCGGCCACCCAAACCCAUGACGCCAUUCCCGCAGAUCAAAACAGAGCCUGGCACCAGCUUCGCCCAGCCCUGCUCUUCUGCCUCCGGCUCCACACAGACCCUGCCCGACUUCACCAGUGUCUUCAGCAUGCCCCAGUCAGUGGCAGUGAACAACAUCUUCAUCAAGCAGGAGAUGCCCUCUGAGAUCCCCUUAUCCACCAAUCCACAGCAAUCCCAGCUUUACCAGAUGCCUCUUGGCAACGGAAGCGCUGACAUGACCACUCUGACAUCCUCCUCCAACAGCACCACAGCCAUCAACAGCCUCAGUGGUGUCACCAUGUCCACAGGUAACACCAUGUCCAGUGUGGUCCACAGACAUGUCCAGCCAGGAGGGCCGGUUAAGCAGUACCCACACGUCUCCCAGGGACAGGGAAACUUCAACAUCUCAGGGCAGUUCUACGCAGUUCCAGGGGUGAACCUGCCCCCUUCACCCCCCAACUCACAACCUGGCAGCCCAGAAAAUCAACCCGAGCUCAUCAACACCAUCUCUCCCCCACCAUCCUAUGAAGCCACUUUUGGACUGAAGUUGGUCCAGUCAUCCCAGGUGCCCCCAGUCCCCAAUGGCCUUGGGACCCUCUCCCAAGGGCACAUCGUCAUGCAGCCCCCCAAAUACAACAGACGCAACAACCCGGAGCUGGAGAAAAGGAGAAUCCAUCACUGCGAUUACCCAG